AUGCCGGCCAUGUCGCGAAUUGCCCUGACUCUGGGCCUCACUCUGGGUGCUGCUGUCGCUGCGCCCAACUCCAUUCCUGCUCCCACCGCAGCUGAGCACAUGACCCUUGCUCUUCUUGGAGAUUACGGCUGGACUGGCUGGCAGCCUCUUCCAUUGGAAUUCUGCAAGAAUGUUCUGCCUAAGCUGCAGAGCGCGGGUGUGACCGUUCCCAAGGAAAUCGUGAAUGACUGCGACCCUGGUGAUCGCCUGGCCAUUGGAAAUGCUACCAUCGAGGAGCGUCGCACCGCCAAGUACAUCGAAAAGGUCUGCCUGAAGAAGGAUUGCGCGGCUUUUGUCUCCGUCGGAGACAACUUCUACGACAGUGGUGUGGCCUUCCACUCGGAGGGUAUCAACCGCUUCUAUGAGGGCUGGGCCAACAUGUACGUCGGCAAGGCCUUUGAGGGCAAGCGAUGGUACCAGGCCAUUGGCAACCACGACGUUGUCACUGGCAAGGCGGGCGUUGACUUCCAGACCCGCAUUGCUCCUCUGAUGGAUGACCGAUGGUACUUUGGCCCCGAGAACAAGCCUUACUAUAGCUACGAUCUUAAGGGCAGCGACUGGACCGCCACUUUCGCCGUCGUCGACUCCGAUUGCUUCGUCAACAGCUACCAGAAGCCCGACUCGGUCUACAACACCGACUACGUGAUUGAAUGCCACAAGGACAAGCAAACCCAGGUCGAGUUCCUGCGCAAGGCCUUUGCCGAGUCCGACGCCACCUGGAAGAUCCUGCAGAUCCACCACGGUUUCUUGUCCUCCAGCACCAACUACACCGAGCUGGCCCCUCUGAUCGACAUUGUCCGCGAGAACAACGGUGUCGUGGUCAACGGUCACGACCACUGCAUGGCCCACUACGAAUCCGAGGGUACCAACUUUGUCCUCACCGGUGGUGCCGGCUACGCCCAGGCAGGCGACUGCAACAACGGUGUUCCCCUCGGUCCCUUCACCAAGUGGCUCGGUGCCAGUGCCGACCAGGCUGCCAACGGCUUUGUCACUCUCGACAUUUCCUCCAAGGAGUUGCUCUUUGAGUACUACGCUCGUGACAUGAAGAUGAAGGGUGCGGAUUAUUACCCCGUCGCCAACGACAUGAUGCCCUCUUACAACUUCACCGUCACCAAGCAUGCCACCAAGGGUCUUCACAACUAG